AUGCAACAUCGGAAUUUCAUUCAUCAAUUGCAUUCCAUUCUUCAGGAACCAACUUUGGACGACUGGAUUACCUGGUCUUCCUUCGAUAAUAAUGUCUUCAUUUUAAAACCAUACGAUCCAAAUUUUAGUGACAAGGUGUUGAAAAAAUACUUUAAACAUGGUAAUAUUAGUAGUUUUGUCAGACAAUUACAUAUGUAUGGGUUCCAUAAGAUUGCCACCGUUCAUAAUAAUAAUAACGUAGUCAACGACAAAGUGCAAACCAUUUGGCAUUUUAAGCACCCAUCGGGGAAUUUUACCAGAGACGUUCAUUUGGACUCAUUGAAGAAGAUCCAAAGAAAGAGUACUGGGAUUGGCAAGGACGGUAAGAGGAAAAAUAUGCUUUCCACUCUAAGUGUAAGUUAUUUGAAACCAGUCCUAUCAGAUAGAGCAUCAGCUCAGACAAUACGACAGGAUGACAUGACAGGUAAAUUAUAUAAAUCUGAGUCACUACCACAAUUGAAUAAUUUAUACACAGCUCAAGCUUUGCUGAGGUCAGAUUCACAACCAGAAUUACAAAGAUUCGAUACUCCAAUAAAUAUUAAUCAACCAAGACCAACAUCCUCCUUAUCAAAAUUACUAAACCAUGAACCUGUACCUAUACCGGUUUCUCUUAAAAGCAUACCGUCACUUAGUGUUCCUACUCCACAACGACAGCUUCCCUUUCCAAAUCAACAACAACCUCAUCCAAGAACUUUCUCGGAACCAAUAGUGAGGAAUUCCCCUCAACAACGUACAACUGGAGAUUCAUCAUCCCCCUUUGAAUUGUUUCAUGAAAAUCAAGGGAAGAGAAACGCAUUAUCAUCACCCAAUAUUUUAUCUCACGUACCUGUGCCACAGGACAAUCAAGUGGAUGACAGCUUAUGGAAGAAGACAAUAGAAAUGGAGAAUAAUUUGGAAGUAUUAAUGAAUUCAAUAUUUUUGAUAACAAAUAUUUUGCAAAAUUUAACACUAACUCCCGAUACACCUAGUGAAACAAUGAUAGAGAUUAAAGAUAAUUUGGAACGAUUAUCCUUAAUUCAGCGAAGUUUAAUUAAAAUGACUUCCCCUGAAGAUGAACUUAACGAUAAUGAUGAAAAAAAUAAUAAUAAUACUAAUACUAAUACCACUAAUACCAAUAAUACUAAUACUAAUAAUAAUGAUUAA